GAUUUUUGACCGUGAUGAUACAAGAUUACGUUUAUCUGACAACACAUGAACAUAUCACGAUCAUAGAUUUACUAGAUUCUCUUCACAAGCAAGAUCCAAUCCUCUAGAUUCUCUGUGUUUUAAAAUCCAUCACCGCCCUUCUCUCUCUUAUUUAUGUAACUCCUUGCCUUCCCUCAGAUUGACUUUUGUGACGUUAAAUAUCUACAAAAGCUUCUUCUUCCAUCACUGCUUCUACCAAUUUCCCAAGAAAAAAGCAAUGGCAGUUGGAGAUUUAUCUUCUUCUUCCUCGGAAUUACAUGUUCUGGCUGUCGACGAUAGUAUUGUUGAUCGUAAGGUUAUUGAGAGGUUGCUUAGGAUCUCUGCUUGUAAAGUGACGACGGUUGAGAGUGGGACUAGGGCUCUUCAGUAUCUUGGUCUAGAUGGAGACAAAGGAUAUCCUGGUCUUAAGGAUUCGAAGGUGAACUUGAUAGUGACAGAUUACUCUAUGCCGGGACUGACAGGUUAUGAACUACUCAAGAAGAUCAAAGAAUCUUCAGCGUUCAGAGAAAUACCAGUUGUGAUAAUGUCGUCUGAGAACAUACAACCUCGUAUAGAACAAUGCAUGACAGAAGGAGCAGAGGAUUUUCUGCUAAAACCGGUGAAAUUAGCAGAUGUGAAGCGGCUCAAAGAACUUAUAAUGAGAAUGAGAGGUGGUGAAGCUGAAGAAGAGAAAACCAGUAACCUUAGUCCUAUAAGAAUCCUUCAAAACGACAUCUUCUUCUUCUUCUUCAUCUCCUCUUCAUCAUCACCAUCAUCGUCAUCUUCAUCUUCACCGUCUAGUGUUGUUUCCUCUCCCGAAGACGACACUCCAUCUUCCAGAAGGAUGAAAUUAGGAUCAUGAUUGAGUUGAGCAAAAACUUCUCUGUUUUUUUUUGUUCUUUUCUUGGCUUCUGUAAUAUACGGUUGACCCAAGGGGUUGGGUAAGUUUUUUUGUUUUGUGUAUAUGUAAGGUUUAGAUCCUGAUGCUCAGCAUAUAUGACUCUUGUUAUUUUAAUCAAUCAAGUAAACUUGGAACGAUUUGUA